GAUUAUCAUUUCUUAAAAUGACAGCUUAUUCUUCCGUAACUAUUUCACCUUUUAUGCGUUAAAUGCUCCUUAGGCUCGCGUAGUAAAACACACCCGAAUACAGUACAUCACUUACGGUUACGAAAUGGGUACGGCUGAAAACAGAACUUGCACAAAAUCCCGUAAAAAGGGUGUAUUCUUGGUGAUAGUGUUGGUGAUAUCUAUUACUUCAGCGUGUGUUGGAUUUUACAUUUUAAAGCGCAGUCCCGCGGCUGAGCCAACCUUACGAUUCGUCAGUAUUAUUCAUCGGCAUGGAGAACGAUCGGCUGAACGUUCUUACCCUCUUGAUCCGUAUAAAGGCGAAUCAUUUUGGCCGGAGGGUCCAGGCGCUCUCACAAAGAGGGGGAAGGUUGGACUACACAAACUAGGGGUCUCCUUCAGACAACGCUAUGACGGGUUCCUCUCGGCUAAAUAUUCACCCUCUCAAAUUCGUAUCCAAUCCAGUGAUUAUGACCGAUGUUUGAUGAGCGCAAGUCUCGUUUUGGCAGGGCUGUAUCCCCCGAUUGGAGUCCAACUUUGGAACCCGGAUUUGCAGUGGCAACCAAUUCCUGUCCAUUCGGCACCUUUGCAAUGCGAUGACAAAAUCAAAGUUUGUAAACCCUGCGAACUAAUGUCGAAAGUGGAGGCAGAGUGGUUAUCGUUGGUUCAAAAAACACUGGAUGAAAAUCAUGAGUUCGUUUCAAACAUCUCAAAAAAUACAGGUUACACAAUCAAAAACAUUUACAGCAUUUAUGACAUCCAAGAUAAUCUUGCAAUUGUGCAAGAGCAAGGCCUUCCUCUACCAGAUUGGGCUCAAGGUGGUGUUUAUGAGAAACUUCAGGCACUCUCCGACAUCUAUAACCUGUACAAAAACGUGUCUCCAACCAUGUUCAAGCUCCUAACAGGCGUCUUAAUAAAUGAAAUAGUAUCAAACAUGAAACGGAGAGCGAGCAUGACGGAAAAUUUUGAGCUUCGAGCAAGUUUGUACUCCGGACACGAUGAUACGAUAGUGGGUCUUUGGGGAGGCCUAAACAUCACCUCCGAAAUCACAGAGAGACCGCCUUACGGCGCAGCUCUCAUCAUUGAGCUUCACGAAAUUGAUGGAAAAUACCGGGUGAAGAUCUUGUACAAAAGGAGUUAUCUCGAUGAGACUUUGGAGGUACUGAAAAUUCAAGGCUGCAAAGAUGGCAAGGGCAUCGGGCAAGAUGACACGUGUGACCUAGACCUCUUUUCAAAAGCAUUAGGACCUGCUAUCAUUGAAAAUUUUGAAAAUGAGUGCAAAAUCCUUUGAGGAAAAUCAGCAGGUCAUCAGGAGGCACUCACCGAUCAUCGAACCGGAGCAGCUACUUGCAUACACUGAAAAAGAAAAUUGGUAGAAUUUACCAUUCCUUCAUGCUGUAUUUCACACAGCGUGAGUUUAAAGUCGAUUCUGCCAGAGGAAUGGUUACCUGUACCAGUAUAUAAUAACGUUUACCUUUCUUGUGGCAGAAUUGACUCUGCAUUGACGCUGUGUGAAAUACAGCGUGAAGGAAUGGUAUUUUCUACCAAUCUUUUUUUUUCAGUGUAUGCUGCGUGCAUUGUUUUAAAACAAGAUUGUUGUCCAUUCGUUUAUAUCUUAGUUUGGCACUUAGAAGCAUACGCGACCAUUGGAGUCAUCUUGAUGUUACGACAUUUUCAUACAACUUACACCGAGAAAAAAAUUAGCAUGAUUGAGAAAUGGAUCCUAAUAUCAGGGAUUAGCCAUAAAUCACGUAACGUGAGAUGUCCGAUGUUAGGCUUUGCACGAAGGAAAAUGAAUUUCGGCUAAACCAUAGGGGCAGUCUUAAUAUAGGUACCUUUAAAAACUUACCACAAAGGUAGGGAAUAUCGAAAAAGUAUGAUCUUAUGCAAA